AUGUCGGCCGUCGAACCGAUCCCACCUGCCCUCGGUGACAGCUGGGCGUCCCUCACGGACUUCGAGUCCUCGAACGAAGAAGAUUUACGAUCAGAGCAUACUGAUGUUGGAUCUCUUCUCGAUGUGCAUAGCUCAGAUGACGUUCAAAGCAUUGCCGAUGAGACCGACGUUGUCCCAUUCAUUUAUGAGGAGGAGGUCACAUUUGAAGAGUAUCUCCAUGGUCAGCAGCCACUAGGAGCAUCCAUACAGGAACCCGCAGCAUUAGCACACUCAGCUACUGGUAGCGUUGAGGCGAAUUGUGCGGGAACAGACUCCCAAGAAACCAUCCGCCAUGCGACCAGCCAGCACUCAAUCGUGCGGCCCCUCUCUGAACUAGAGAAUUCAUUUUUCCGUCGGUGCCUCAAUGAAGAUGUCUCAAGCAAUUACUACAGUGUCAUUCGCAUGCCUCUUCUGGAGGAAGGGUUGAGUGUGGAUGCUCUCGACUACUUCAAAGUCAUCUUGCUCGGCCCGCAUGUCGACCAGUUCAAGCCAGAGAUACAGAGAAAGCUCGGCGAUGCGUUGGUCUCACGAAAAGUCUCAGCCACCAGCUCCAGUUCAUCGUCAGUCUCCAGGUUUCAUAUCGUCCCGAGCUGUUUUGGUCCUGGCUCAGAACCAGAGUUCGCCGAUCUGGUCGCCAUCGAUAAGCUGAUCGAUUUCGAAUGCUACGACUUGGCCGGAGGUGGUAGAUCUGUUCAUCAUCUCGCACCCUUGAUUCUCAAGAGCAGUCAGACACAUUCCACCGUGACCUCUGAAUGGAAUGGUCAUGCGUUUGCUGUAACCAACCCACGCUGGAUCCUUCCUGAUUUGGCGAUCAUCUGUGUUCGCCUUGACCAGAAACACAACUUGGACACUGACAGUCUUGCCAUGCUUGAGUUCGCGGAUCGGCACCGCAUUCCCACCAUUCUCAUUCGCCUGGAUCGAGGCUGGCUCGGCAAUUAUGGCAAAGCCAUGAACACAGACUAUCUGUAUGAGAGCAUCGAAAGCGACCCUGAGCAAGCAUCAGCCCAGGUGCUCACGUCCAAACUCCCCCUCGAUAUUCCGACAUUCCUGAACAUUGAUUCUGCCUUGCUUAACAAGCACAUCGCCUACAGCAUUUCAUCGUCGGCCGCGGAGCGGUCCUACGAAGAUUCGGUUUGGGUUGAUUUGUCCAACUUGACCGGCGGAAAAGAGUUCAGAGGCUCCAAGCCGAGUUCGCCCGUGUCUCCUUCCCUCAAACAGAUCUUCCUCAUUCUGUGUAUUGUGGGCCUUCAUUUCUUUCUCGGCGCUCAAUUGUGGCCUUUGAUCUCGGAUGGUCUGUCCAACAAGUCGGUCAGUACAACGAAUGCGGUGGGUAUGCCGAAUAUUGCCAUUGCGGCAAGCCUUGGUGACGCUCACCCGCUUUCCCAGAUUCGUCAGUCUGGACAGGCAUCCCAGGCUCUUGGUCAAGGCGCCCGGAAAUCAAGUCUGCCCGAAACUCCCCAUGCAAGCCCUUCGGCAAACCCAGUUUCGUCAUUGGGAGAAGAUGAAACGCAUUUCCAAGUCAGCAUUGUCAGCAGGGGCCAAUUAAUGGUCAAACUACCAGGAAAGGCGCUUGGCCACAAGAAGCGGUCACAACUGGAGGUUGUGGUGAUGAAGGCGAACCAGGCUCUCCCGACACAGGUUCAGGAACUAUUCGAUGGGAUUUUCGGCGUUCAAGUUCACCCUGGCGACACAUAUGGAGACAUCGAAGUCAAUCUGACCAUGAUCCAACCUCCAUUCAGCGAGACUUUGACUCUUUCCCUGGAGGGUGAGGCGACAAAUCAAAAUAGGUCCCUCAACACACGUCUGCACACGAUCAAUGGAACCUUGCAGGGCAUCAUCAAUGCACUGUCGACCUCGCUGCCUGUCUGGCCUUCCAGAAACCCACUCCAGACCCUUGCACGGGAUGCUAAGCGAGUCAAAAAGGACCUCAAAGACAACAUCGCUGGAUGGUGGACGAGCCAACCGUUGUCGAAGCGGUCUGUAUUAGAGAAAUUGUCUACUGUUCGGAAACGAGGUCUCACUGGCGCAGAGUGUGUCUAUGCUGACAUGGCUCGGCUGACGGACCAAGGCGUUACCCAGGGACAGAGAAUCCUCAGCAAAUUCACAGAUGAGAUUCGUAAUGCCCAAGGAGGCUUGCUGAGGCUGUUCAAAUCCGUGGACGGGGCCCAGCCCACCGCUGAAUCGAAAGCAGGUCUACUCGCAAAGAAGCUGGGUGCUGCACAGGGUCGUGCACGACAUAUCGUGUCCAGUGCCUCCGGCAGAUUGACACCACGCAAUGCCCAUGGCUAA